AUAUAUAUCUUUUAUUUAAACAUUGAAUCGAAAUUCACAUAUGCUGUACAGAAGGAGUACCUUUAUCAACAGUGGGAAACAAGCACAGUAUUUUUUCAAGGAGCAAAAAUGAGGAAAAUAAUAAUAGACGCAGAUGGAGGUACUGACGAUUUUCUCGCAUUAUUGUGGCUUUUAAAAGCUGAAGAAUGGGGCGAAGUUAAGAUAGAAGGGAUCAUAUGUACGAUGGGAAACACUACACUACAACAUGUUGAGAGAAAUACUGUGAGGUUAUUGGAAACAGCUAAAAGAACAGAUAUACCCAUCUACAGAGGAACCAAAUACCAACUGAUUCUCCCUAACGGUAGUCCAAGAAGAAGUCAUGGUUCUGAUGGAUUCGGAGAUUUAGAAUGGGACAAAGAACCAGAUACAUCUAUAAUUUCUGAUGUACCGGCUAGUGUGGCCAUUCGUAAUAUAGUCGAUAAACAUCCCAAUGAAAUUUCGAUAAUUUGUGUUGGACCACUAACAAAUUUGGCACUGGCUAUCAAAUUGUACGAUGAUAUUAUACCGAAAAUAAAAGAUGUCUGGAUUAUGGGUGGGAACUAUACAGGUCGAGGAAACGUAACGCAGUCAGCAGAGCACAACUUUUAUGUUGAUCCAGAAGCAGCCUCAAUAGUACUCGAAUGUAUUGAAUCUCCGAUUUAUAUACUUCCUUGGGAAACAUGUCUAGAAUCACGAAUAUCAACAGAAUGGAGACAUCAACAAUUGGGGGACUCGACUCCAGAGCUCGAAAUGGUAUCUAAAGCUGAAAAGGCUCUACCUAGGUUUAAAAAUCCUAUGUGGGUGUCUUGUGAUACCUUUCUGAUAUACUGUUUCCUGAACCCAGAAAAACAUAUCACGAAAAAAACGCCACAUCAUGCAAGAGUCGAGCUGCAUGGUAACUUCACAAGAGGCCAGGUGGUAUUGGAUCAUUUAAGGAAAAAUGAUCAUAAUGUUGAAAUAAUCGAAGAGUUCGAUACAGAGCUGUUCAAAAAAUCGCUACUAAAACUAAAAUAGGUGUUUGUGUCAUUAGAUCAAGAAGGAAAUAAAGCAAAAUGAAAGAGAUGUAUUUGUAUCAAGCACAUC